GAUGUACGACCCAAUUAUGAACGAAUGGACAGAGCCGAUAAUUGGUGUUAUUUUACCUCACGAAAGAGAAAAACACAGUAUGGUACCAGUAGGGAAGAAAAUCUACAUUAUGGGAGGUAGAGGCUUUGAUCAGGAGACAUUUUCAGAGAAAGAUGAAGCAGCUAUAUCCAGCUACAAUACAAAAUGUCGGGGCGACUUCCGGCGAGAUGCAUGCUGGGAUGUGAAUCAUCCAAAUAUGAAUCAACCAAGAGCUCAUGGUGGAGCAGUUUUGCUGGGUCAUAAUAUUUAUAUGAUUGGUGGCAAGAGCUUCCAGCGGGACUGUGAUGUGUUAUCUGUUGAGUGUUACAACACCAAGAGAAGGAAAUCUCGCGAGAUGUUCACACUUCCGCCGAGUGACAAUUACGUCAACUGCGACUGCGUGAUACUCAAAGUGCCAAUAACAAAUAAAGAUAUUAAUUUUAAUGACGUGCUUUUGUUUGAUAAAUGGAUCAUGUGGUGAAACAUUAGGAAA